GUAAAAUACCUUGUCAGUCUCCUCCUGCCUCUUCUUCUUUGACAAAGAGAGAGAGAAAGACAGAGAGAGGAAAAGAGAGAGCAGAGUGAUUUAAAAAAGAUUUUACAAUGGCAGAAUAUUCCACCAACCUGCGGGUAAAACUGCCCGUGGUAUGUAUUGUGUUGGAGGUCAUCCUCAUCAUCCUCUUUGGUGUCCUUGUGGAAUAUGAUGAAGAAACUGGGGCCAAGAAGUGGCACCACAAACACUCAAAUGACUCAGACAUGGAAAAUGGCUUCUACUACCGCUAUCCCAGUUUCCAAGAUGUACAUGUGAUGAUUUUCAUUGGCUUCGGGUUUCUGAUGACAUUCCUGCAGCGUUAUGGCUUUAGCAGUGUUGGCUUUAACUUCCUCAUUGCAGCCUUUUCUCUGCAAUGGGCAACACUCAUGCAGGGCUUCUUUCAUGGCAUGCACGGUGGCAAGAUACAUGUUGGAGUGGAAAGCAUGAUCAAUGCAGACUUCUGCACUGGCUCAGUGCUGAUCUCAUUUGGGGCUGUGUUGGGUAAGACAAGCCCAGUCCAGAUGCUGGUAAUGGCUAUAUUCGAGGUUGCACUGUUUGCUGUGAAUGAGUUCAUCCUUCUUGAAGUUCUUCAUGCAAAAGAUGCUGGAGGAUCUAUGACCAUCCAUACAUUUGGUGCAUACUUUGGACUCGUGGUGACACGUGUGCUGUACAGGCCUAACCUAAGCCAGAGCCAAAAGAGAAAUUGCUCUGUGUACAAUUCUGACCUCUUUGCCAUGAUUGGAACUCUCUUCCUGUGGAUGUUCUGGCCCAGCUUCAACUCAGCCAUCACUCAUCUAGGAGAUGACCAACAUCGCACUGCCUUAAACACAUACUACUCAUUGGCUUCCUGUACACUUGCCACAUUUGCUUUCUCUGCUCUUGUCAAUCAUGAAGGAAAACUCGACAUGGUGCACAUUCAGAAUGCUGCAUUAGCAGGUGGUGUUGCCAUUGGAACUGCUGGUGAAAUGAUGCUGACACCUUUUGGUUCCAUGAUAGUAGGAUUCCUGGCUGGAACAAUCUCAGUGCUGGGCUACAAGUACCUCACACCUAUUUUGGAGUCUAAGCUGAAGAUCCAAGAUACAUGUGGUGUUCAUAACCUACAUGGCAUGCCUGGAGUCCUGGGAGCCAUUGUUGGCUCCAUCGCUGCUGCAACAGCAAGCACUUCGAUAUAUGGCAAUGGGUUGCAAGAUGUGUUUCCUGAAAUAUCUGAUCAUUUCACUCAAACCAAUCAGGCUGUAAUGCAAAUUGUCUCUCUUGCUGUCACCCUGGGUAUGGCCCUGAUUGGUGGGCUUAUUGUUGGAUUUAUUUUAAAACUGCCUAUCUAUGGAGCCCCACCUGACACUCUCUGCUUUGAGGAUUCAGUCUACUGGGAGUUGCCAGGAGAAGAGGAGACCCAACAUGAACUGACUGUUGUGAAAUUAGAUGAAGAAUCAGAAAAACUCAAUUCUUAAAUUACAUGCCUGCUUUUGUAAAAAAUGCUUGUGUGUGAAUACAGUAUAUGUGAGCCUGUACAAAUGUACUGACUUGCAGGAUAUACACACAAAGCUGAGCAUCAUUGCAACAUUAUAUCUGUGGUCCACUCAAGAAGUAUUUUUUUAAUAGACUUUCAUAUGCAGAAUGUUGUGCAAAUGUGUGGUUUCAACAAGUUUGUCAAGUCAGAAGAAUGUCAACAUUAUUUGGAGUACAUCAUUCUUAUUAAAAUUUAGACAUAUGUGUUUUACUGUAAAAACUGAACUUUGUGGGAAAACAACUGUGCCUACCUGUAUGUAUGUAUCAGUAUUCAACUCACUGUGGUAAAUGACAAGCCAUGUCCCAGUCUAGUAUUUGCCUUAGAUUCUGGCUGUUGGAUGAUAAAUGUGUGGAUUAAUGCCCAAUAUAUUCAACAAUUCUGUGCGUAGAAAUAUGUUUCGGCAUCACAGAAUAAUCUUCUAAUAUCUGUGAUACUUGUAUAAUAUUUCCAUCAGGCAUCCAAAGUAAAACAAUAGUAAAAGUAAAAAUGACCACAAGGUGGCAGUAAUGAUCAACAUUCACUGUGUUAAAUGCAAAACUAACACUUACAAGAUUACACAAAACCGUAAAGCAAUGGCAGCUACGCCCAGUUUGAACACUAUGCCUUAUUUCGUGGGUUCCUUCCCUGAUUCUGAGGUACUCCCUGUCCAAUAUUGCAGUUUCUCUGCCUUAACACUCAGUAUUUAACUCAGUUAGGGCAGUUAAUUUGCUGCAUAGCUGAAUGAGAUGGGAAUGAAUGGGAAAGAAGGCUUAAACGUUCAUGACUGGGACUACUCCAGAAUAAUAAAAUGACUUCAUUCUUAUGACCACCAGAUGGCGGCAUUGAGCCGUAGAGCGAGGUGCAGUAGCAGCAGUAACUGGCAGAAUUGGUAAUGAUUGAGCUUUGAACGUGGCAUAUGUCAGUACAAAAGGGACAUUUAUUAGGCAUAAAAAAAUUAAUAUUUUACCCCACAUUUAAAACAAAAUAUUGAUUUAAUUAAGAAAGCAAACUUAUGUAACACCAAUUUCUCUUCAAAUAUAAAAUGAAAUGAUUUUAAAACAUUAGGUAAUUGGCAUUAUUUUGUUUCACAACUUGCAUUCCUUUUUGUUUUUUGUUUUUUGUUUUUUUGAAGGUUUCUUUGGAUUCUGUAUUGGACACAAAAUAAAAUGAUUUUUAAAUAAAAA